AUGCAAUUUUUUCUAAAUAUAUACCUUAUUUUAUCAUUAUUAACGAAUAAUCUCAAUGCAUUCACUCCAAUAGCACGAGACCUCUUAUCUACCAUUAAGGUUGAUGAUAAAGUCUACUUUCAUGGUGGAUACAACGAUUCUUCCCCUAAUAUUACUGCCACUGAAUUUUUUUAUCUCGAUAUCUCCGCUCCCUUCAAUGUUAACGAUAAACGAACAAUUCCAUGGGUUAAUCUUUCUAAUAUUACUGGUUCUCCUGCAAAACACGGUCAUACAGCUUGUGUUGGAGGUACCAAAAAAAGUUCUAUCUUCUUUAUAGGGAAUGUACGAGAUGUUCCGCCAUUUGUCGCUCAAUUUGAUUUGACUAGGCAAAAGUGGAUAACUUCUACUAAUGAGAGCACUGUUUCUCUACAUAUAAAUCGUACACAAUGCGUCACGUCUGGGGACGGAAUCAUUUACUUUUUGAAUGGCCUAACGACAAAUAAUUUAGUUAAUUUUAACACCAUUAAUUUUACGUGGACCUUUAUUCCCGUAACAGUUGAAAAUAGAACUAUGUAUUAUUGUAGUACGACAAUGAUGCCAGACGGAGUGAUUAUAUUUAUUGGUGGUAGAUAUGUGGAUAAUAAUUCAUUCGUAUCUUUAGAAAAGUUUACCACUUAUAACACAACUUCAGCAUCAUGGGGUUUUAUUAUUCCAUCUGGAUUCGGUCCAUCUACUUGUUUUCCUGAAGGUUCGGUCCUAACAAAUUAUGGUCAUAUCUUGAUAUUUGGGUGUGGUGAAGCAUUUAACAUAUCAGUCGUAGACACCACAAAUAACUAUACAUGGAUAGCGCCUAUCAUUACAAAUGAUUAUAUACCAAAGAAUUUGAUGAGUUAUAGCCUCACUUUAAUCGGAGAUUAUGUUCUAAUGGCUUUUGGUUUUCUUUACACAGAUAUUAUUCUCGAUAGAGGAUCUCAAUCAGAUAGCAUUUACAUCCUCAAUGUAAGUCAAAAGAAUAAUUAUACAUGGAUCACUUCGCUUGGUCAAAAUUCCACUGCCUUUCCAUCAUCGACACCAAAUACUACAGAAAACACAUCACUUGUUAUUGAUGUUUCUAUUGGUGUGGUUGGCGGGAUUUUUAUUGUGAUUGCCGAUACUUCUCAUUUAUACUCUCGAAUAAGUCAAAGUAAUUACUCAUUGAUACUUCACCCGGCCAACACCUAA